AUGAGAAAGAAAGAAAUAGUAAUUAUUGAUAAAUUGGUAUUAGAAAACUAUAAAACUAAAGAAGCCAAAAAACUCCUUAAUGAUUUACCAAACAAGAGCCAAAAAACUUUAAUUAUUCUGGCCCAAAAAGAAGAAAAAAAACUGGAAUUAACUCGUUCUUUUCGUAAUCUUCCUUAUAUAACUAUUAUGGAUAGCAGUUCACUUAAUACUGCCCAAAUUUUACCUUUUAAUUCACUUAUUUUUACUUACCCGGCUUUUCAGGAAACCGAAAAAAGAUUAAAGAUUAAAAAUCAAGCCCAAGAGCAUUGGAAUUCUCUCUCCUAUGAAGAAAAGUUAAAAUUAGUAACAAGAGAGCGUCCAGGAGAUAAAAAUUGUGAGGAAAUGGCGGCUCGGCAAGAAAUAGACCCCUUAGUAUUAAGCCGAUUUGUGGAAAGAGAUAGCCACCGCAAACAUAAUUGUCCCGACUGCUCCUUAAAAAAUUAUCCUUCUCAACUACCACCAAGCAGCAAUAAUAACAACCUUUCUGGUUCUUUGACUGAUAACGCCGAAAAUGAUAGGGGAAAAGACCAAAAAAAUACUAAAAACCAGGAAAGUGCCAGUUCUAGCUUGGCAAAUUUUUUCGGUAAAAACGGCAAUUAUACUGGUUUAAUUGCUAGCGGAAUUGUGCUUGGUCUAUUGAAUAACAAUUCGCAAAGUAGUCUAUCCAGUUCCAAUAAUGAAGAAAAAAAAGUAGAAUUGGAGAGAAAGUUAGAAAUAGCCAUAAGUCAACGUAGUCCCAAAAAAGAAAUAGAAAAAUUACAAUUGGAACUGCAAAAUUUAAAUAAUCAGCCCAAAAAUAAUUCCAAGCCGGAAAAAAAUAAUAACGGGCUAAUUGGAGUGAAAAAAGUUCGCACUAGUCGCCAAAAACCGGUUUUACAUAAAGCCCGCUUUUUACAAAAAUCACCGAGCAAAAUUUAUACUAAAUUAAAAAAAAAAGCCUUUAUCGAACUAAUGCCCGGUUCUAAAUUACCCGAAGUUUUUGAAGAGGUCAGAAUCGCUCAUUUAGCCGAUAUUCACAUUAAAGAUAAUAGACGUGAGGAAUAUUCAGUUGUUUUCGAAAAGUUAUAUCAACAAUUACAUUUGGAAUCUCCCGAUAUCAUUGCCAUUUGUGGUGAUAUAUUUCAUGAUAAAACUAAGGCCAGUGCCUAUAAUUACUCGGAUGUUGAAUCUUUUUUAAUGAGGCUAAUCGAAAUAGCCUCAGUAAUCCUAAUACCCGGCAACCAUGAUUUAAAUAUUAAGGUUCCCGGAGCACCUGAUUUAAUUUCGCCCGUAGUUAUAAUUGCUCCGGAUGGUUCCCAACCCUCACCCAAGGAGAUAGAAGAAACCGCAAUCUCUCAUAAUCUUAAAAAUAGUCCACAAAUAUGCCUAAUUCAUGAAACUAUUGAUGGAGCCUUAUUAUAUAACGGCACUUCGUUAAGAGAUAAAAGAUUAGCCCCGAGAGACCUGAUAAAUUAUGACGCGGUUCUAGCGGGAGACAUUCACUUACAACAAAAUAUCGGCGGAAAGUUAGAAUUAAGCACCGAGCAUUCACCUUAUCGCACUCCUUUUCCAAAAAUUCGCCGAGUUAAUAUUCCCAACGAACAAGGAUAUUUAAAAGUUAAAUUACAAGGAGGAAAGGAUAUAACUAUUCAACCUAGUCCCACCUCCCCUAAUUAUUAUGAAAUAAUAUAUGAUGAAACUACCACCACCGAACAACUUAAUUUUCAAAUCGAACGCUUGACUGAAAUUUACGGAAUUCCUCCCCAAGCCACUCGCUUAAUAAAAAAUUCUCCUGAUUUAUUAUUUGAUAAUGGUUUUUCUUCCACGUUAGGUCAAGCCCAAAUUGACGCUCAAUCACUAGAAACUCACGAGGAAAUUAUUCGUGGUAUUCUCGGUGAAGAAAAUCCUUAUGUUCGCCAAGUUAUCGAACUCCACCGUAGUUAUUACUUAAAUACCCUAAGUCAAGGACGAACUCGGGCUCGGGUUCGUUUGUUACAAUUACAAUUCAGCAAUCUUUAUUGUUAUGGACCAGACAACUUAAUUGACUUUACCCAUUUGAAUAGCAGUUUAAGUGGUGCAAUUGCUCCCAACCGGGCGGGAAAAUCUACCCUCAUUGACAUUAUCGUCUUUGCUCUUUAUGAUAAAUACCCCCGCGCGGAAAAAAAAAUAGACAUUGUUAAUGCUAAAUCGACCGAAUAUUACUUGCGAUUGGAUUUUGAAUUAGACGGUAAAUUUGGCUAUAUAGAAAAGCAAGGUAAAAAAAACAAAAAAAAGCAUGACGCUCACUGUAAAUUAGUAUAUGAUAAUCAGGAACUAACUCAGGGCACCAAUACUCUAACUUGUCAAGAAAUAGAAAAAUUAGUAGGAAUUUAUUCUAACGCGGAACUUACUGCAAUUUUACACCAAGAUAGUCGGACUGAUUUCGUGCAGUUAAAAUCUAGUGAAAGAAAGCAGGCUCUAGCUCGACUACUAGCUUUGGGUUCUUUUGAAAAACUGGAAAAAGAAAUGCGGGAAGAAAGCCGGGAAAUGAACGGUAAAGUGAGUGCAUUGGAAGAAGGAUUUCAGGGUAAAGAGGCAGCCGAAAUAAUCAAAGAAAAGCAGAAUUUUAUUAAUAGUGGUAAUGAGGCAAAAAAUCAACUUCAAGGCUUAGACAACAAGUUAGAAGUGAAAAAAAAAGAUUUACGUAAUUUUGUGGAACAAAAAGAGAAACUUUCUAUUAAUUUAGCCCGGAUUCAAGACAAAAUCACUAAUUUAGGUCCUGAGUGCUCAAUUAGUUUAGGCGAGGCGGAGACUGAGUUAGAAAAAAUUUUAAAAAUAAUUACCGUCGACGCCCAAUUAUCUCCCACAGAAGAAUACGCCACCUAUCUUUUUCAUUCUACUGAUAAUAAUUUCACCGCUAAUAUUGAUUUAGAGUUGAUAGCAAUUCCCACCCGCGACCAAGUAUUAGAAAUUAUCCAACAAGUCCGUUUAGUUCAAAAAAACAAGAAAGAACAAGAAUCGAAAAUCUUAGCAGAAAUUAAUCGCUUAGAAACCGAUAAAGCACGGAUAACUGCCUUUCUAGAAACAUCUUUCAAAUAUUUACAAGAAAAUCACACUAAAUUACUAAUUGAUAUUAAAGAGUUGAAAGUAGAAAAACCCACCGUUAAGCGACCAGAGGAGAAAGAAAUGCCUUGGUCGACCUACCAAGAAGGACCGCGACCCAGCUUAGAAGAAGUGAUAAAAGGAAAAAAUGAAUUAACUUCUUUCCAAAACGAAAAAACUUCCGCCCGAACCAUCAUUUUACAAAAUUUAGCGGUGGUUUCCAAUAAUUUAGUUCCUCCAGUUCAAGACGAAAAAGUCGGAGAAUAUGACACUCUGUUGGCUUCAUCAGCGAAGGACCGCGAACUGAUUUCUAAUAAAUCAUCAUUAGAAGCAGAGUUUCAGUCAGCUAAAUUAAAAUUAGAAACUGCCCGCUUAGCCGAAAGCAAACAUAAUACGCUUACUAUCCAACAAAAAGUCGAAGACGUGAAAGUAAAAUUACUAGCCGCUGAGAACGCCCAGCAAAUACGCCGGCAAUUAAAAUUACAAGAAAAUUGCUCGGGUUGUGAAUAUACUAAAAGUCUAUUCGCAGAAGACAAAAUCACACCCUUGCAACAAGAUUUAGAAAAUAUUCUAUUGGAAGCGGCAAGUUCAACCAUUUAUAAUACUUAUUUAGCCGAAAAAGAGAUGCUUAAAUUAGAGUCUAAUUUACAACAAGUUGAAGUUGCUUAUUGGUGGCAAGUCGAUAAUGAAACUUGGCAAGAAUAUGAUUCCGCAAUUACUCAACUGAAAAAAAUAGGCGAUUGGCAGAAAGAAUUAUCUUUAAUUUCCCAAAAAUUAGCCGAGUCACAAUCUUCAUUGACAGAAUUAGUUCGAUUAGAAACCGAGUCGCUUAAAACUGAAAAUCAAUAUAUUAAUUUACGGAAAUUGGGAUUAGAAAAAGUUAUAUCGGCCGUCAAAAAUGUUGAAGAUGUGAAAGAGGCGGCCAAAAAUCGAGCCGAACGCCAUAAAUUACAAAUUGAAUCCCAACUGACCAAAAAAAAAAUCGCUGAUUAUAAGGAAAAAAUAAUUUCUUUGGAAUCAGAAUUGACUGAUUUAGGCUCGCAACGAGACAAAACUAUGGGUCAAAUAGCAUCAGCCGAAGCCGAGGUCAAGCGGCUCAAUAAAUCUUUGGUUGAGGAAACCAAAAGAAAAGAUUUAUUAACUGAGACCCAAGAGAAAAUUAACAUAAUAACCGCCUAUCGGAAAAUCUUGGACCCGAAAACGGGAAUCGCUGAUUAUUUGCUAAAAAGGUCCCGUGCUUAUUUAGAAGAGGCGGUUAAUUCUGUUCUGGGAGAAUGUAGCACUAAUUUUCGCGUUUAUAUUAACGAGGAGUUUGAGUUAAGUACUUCGGUUAAUAACCAGUCCGAACAAGGCUCAGAAGUAUUUCUUUCAGCCACGCUGGGUAGUGGAUACCAAAAGUUUGUUCUUAGUUUGGCUUUUCGUAAGGCUCUUUGGAAAUUAGCGGAAGUUCCUUUGCCCGACUGUCAAUUUAUUGACGAAGGAUUUGGUUGUUGCGAUGAAGAUAAUCUCGAAGCAAUAGCCCAAUAUUUAGUUGUUAGCACUUCUGCUCUCGAUUCUCCUAGCCUGAUUUUUAUUGUUAGUCAUAUCGAGACGCUAAAAAAUGCUAUCCAAAAACCUUUAAUUAUCAAAGUUGGGUCAUUAGGCAGUGAAGUUAGGAAUGACAGUUAA